AUGGCUGAAAAGGACACACAGUCCCAAGUAACUGCAGAUUUACCCAAAACGGAACAAGGCGACACGUUAAUAUCGUUUUCGAGAAAUACUGGCAGUGUACAAUCCCACAGCAUACAGUCCCACAGCGUUAUAUCCGCAGCAUCAGGGACCGGAGAUGGCCCUGUCAGUAAACAGCGUCUAAAUGCGUUUAACUUCAUGAGCAAGCGCCUCGCGCAUCGCGUAAUUGUCGACUACGUUGACGUCACUCCUGAUAACCUUAUAAAUCCGGAGUACGUCACCAUGGAAGACUAUUUUAGCCACGCCGCAUUCGACACUAAACGCCCUAUAAAAAGUGAGCUCGCACUAAAAUCGAGGUCUACAGUCUCCACAGUUGGCAUGAAAGUAUACGCCACCACUAUCAACCUUGACGACAUAAUUAUCGAUCACACACACAAUACGGAGGAGGACCACCCACAAGUCGAAAUAGAUGUAGAGGAAGCUCCGUCCGCCUAUUACUUACCGAAAAUGUUUGACGCAACGUCGUACCCACCAGAGUUGUUCAUUGCUCUCAAAGAGACCGAAACGGUGUACUUGUACGAUUUGCCUACUUAUUGCUAUGAAAAAGGAACUGCCGAAGGAUCAGCUACGGAGGAAGAUAAUGAAUAUUACCUAUACAUAACUGUCGGCAAAGGGCGAAACAGAAAGAUGGUAAAUGAGGAAACGCAAACAAAAUCGGUGAUGUCGUCGACGAGGCAUACACUGGCAACACGCCCCAAAAAAAGAAAUCAAAUAUGUUUCGCGUCCAUGUGGGAUAUGUUCGACACGUACGCACAGCUGAAGGAGGUAAAAGAGGAGGAAGAAGAUGACGAGAUGGUGCUCUAUCAGGCUUUCCCCCCUCAAACUCUGCGCAAGAAGAGAGUACUCGCUAUGAAGAGAACCCACAAAGCAAGUAAAUCGUUUGAAGAAUUAGGAACCUACCCACAGUUUUUUGAUGCUGCCUUAUUAAUACAACGCGUGCUCGCCGCCAAAGACUAUUCAAAUGCACAGAAAGUGUUCCGCGGUCUAGUCAAAAUGGACCCAUUGGCGUCCGACUUAGUGUACAUUUACACGAUGAAGCCCUUGUGGACACUGGAAUGUAGAGAAACACAGAAUCGACCUAUAAUGAGUGUAGCUUUUAAUCCUAAAAAUCCAGAUAUUUUGGCCGUUGCUCACGGAAAAUUUAAUUACGCUGACAAUACGGACGGUUUGGUUUGCAUAUGGUGCACCAAAAAUCCCUGUGUACCAGAGCGCCUUUACCGAUUUGGAACCCCGCUCACAUCACUGGCAUUUUCCACUAAUAACGCCAAUUGGUUAGCUUGUGGAAAUGCGAACGGCGACGUGUUUAUUUUGGAUGUCACUUCCCACGUGACAAAAGUUAUAGCGAAAAGCAAGCGCGACACGAACGCGAGCUUUGAACCCAUUUGGGUGACCAGUUGGCGUCACACAGAUAGUUUCCACGAGUUCGUUAUGACUGCCGGGCAAGACGGUAGAAUCAACAAGUUCACGAGCACGAAAACGCACGAUUUUAUUUGUACACCGAUGAUGAGAAUAUCAACAGUGGAGGGUAAGAUGAAGGGGUUGGAGACGCCGAAGCAAUGCGUAAAAGUGGACGUGCCAAUCACUCGCAAUCCGGCCGCUCUCUGUUUGAAAUGGCACCCUUUCGUAAGUCAUUGGUACCUGGUAGGCACGGACGAGGGUUGCGUGCACAAAUGCUCUACUCACUACUUGAACCAACACAUGGACGUAUUUAAAGCACACGCGGGUCCGGUCUAUAGUAUGGAAUACUCCUCAUUCAUGCCAUCGCUGCUCGUGACGUGCGGUGCGGACAACGCGAUUCGCAUUUGGAUCGAAGACUUGGACGAAGUGAUCAUGACCCUGAACUGUAACUCCGCGGUGUACGACAUUGCCUGGUGUCCAAUAAACGCGACUAUUCUAUUAUCUGUAAACGGAUUCUAUUUAUCAGUAUGGGACUUGCGCAGAAAAACGCACGCGCCCUGCACCGAGUACUUGUUCCCAACAAAUGUCACACUCACGUACGUAGAGUUUUCACAAUCUGGUGAAAAUAUUUUUGUUGGUGACACGUUAGGGAGGAUACACACUUUCCACUUGGAGGAUACGCCCAUACCGCCUUACUAUCAAUACCAAAUGCUGGAUGAUGCUAUCAAAAGAGCUCUUUGCACCCGACCACAGCUACUAAAGCAACUUGAAAAGCUUGAAAAGUUCAGGGCCAAGUACACUAAGUAAUUUUUAUUUUCAUAUUUACUUUUGAGCAAUUUUUCAUCACUGGAAAUUAAUAUACUUGAUGUUAGUUUUAGAUUUAUUUAUUAAUAUUUAAUCACAUGAACUUUAUAAAUUAAACUACAUUUCAACUACAUUUAAUCACAAUAUAAAUACUAUUAGAAACUGGUACAAAGCGUUUUUACAUUUUUAACCAUAAAUAAUUCGAAUUUAAGGCAAGGUAUUAAGCGUCGUAUAAGUAAGUAGAAGUAUACUACUUAUCUGCCCUCCUUAUCAUAACUAACGUAAUGAACACUUCGCGCGAAAUGGGAUCAGCGAAACAAGAUCUACAACACCUCUAAUUGGUUUUUUAUAUCUUAAUAGGUUUCAGUUUUAUUGUUAAUCAAAAUCAGCGUAAUUGAUAUUUCUUUUAGGACAAUAAAACUUUAGGUGACAAUAUCUCAAAAAGGUUAAAUUAAAACUAUUAAACGAGUAGGCAGCUGUACUUCAGAUACUGUUCAUUUGCAUAAUAUAUUUAAAGUUCGCAGUUCCAUAAAAUGGUAGUAUGUACACACGCCAGCACAUCAAGCUACACAUUGACGUAUCUUGUUCCGUUGCAAUGGAGGCGAUUUUCGAACAAGAA